ACUUUCCAACUUCUCAUUUUACUUUACUUUACUUUUGUUUUUGUUUACUGUCCUCUCUCUGCUCUACAUAUUACUCAGUAGCUUCACUUCACUUCACAAACCCAUUUUUCAUUUCACAUUUCACGCUGAUACAGUGAAAGUGUUAAGAUGGCAGAGGGAAGAGGUUCAUCUCUUGUGCACCUUGUGGCAAUUAUUUUGUGCUUAGUAGCAUUUGGUUUCGCCAUUGCAGCUGAGAGAAGAAGAAGCGUUGGAACCAUUAUCACAACCCCAGGAAGAAAUGAAACAUAUUGUGUUUAUAGUUCAGAUGUUGCAACUGGUUAUGGAGUGGGCGCUUUCCUGUUUCUUCUUUCAAGUGAAUCACUGCUUAUGGGUGUGACGAAGUGUAUGUGCUUAGGGAGGCCUUUAACACCCGGUGGAAAUCGAGCAUGGUCCAUUAUAUAUUUUCUUUCUUCUUGGGCGACUUUUCUGGUUGCAGAAUCAUGCUUAAUAGCUGGUGCAAAGAAGAAUGCCUAUCACACCAAGUACCGGGGAAUGAUUUAUGCUCAGAACUUCUCCUGUGAAAGUUUGAGGAAAGGAAUCUUCAUUGCCGGAGCAGUUUUCAUCGUUGCAACCAUGAUUCUUAAUGUAUACUACUACAUGUACUUCACAAAGGCAACCACAAGUCCACUUUCUCAGAAGACUAAUCAGGUUAGUUCGUCAGUUGGAAUGACUGGAUAUGCAUGAUGGAUCAUGGAUGAAUCAUGAAAGGGUAGCAAAUUUUGAGUCUUCAUUUCAAUGGAUGUCAUGUCUCUAUGAUUUUCACUACUUGGUAAAACAGUGGUUUAAAGUUUGUUUUUUGCUUAGUUAACUAGUGUUUAUAAUGUUCUGGUGGAUAUUACUGCUCAAAGAUACUAUUAUAUAUGGAAGUUUAGGUAAAGGGGAUAUAUUAAGCAAAAUUUGUGGAAGCAUAUGUCACAUGUAAUCAGGUUUCAGAUAAACUUUACAUUGAAAGUGUGUAAAAUAUUUUGAGGCUACUGCUAUAUUGUUAUGAAAUAUGACAAAUGCUCCUCAAAAUAAAAAUUAACAAAUUAACAUUAUGCCUUUUCGGUGUGUUAUACUCA